AUGUUGCCUUUGGCCAAUCACAAAAUCAAGCAAACCAUCAAACCAAACCAAGCCAAGCAUGGCCUUCAAUAAUGCAGUUUCUUUAACCAGCUCUAUGCUAGUAGUGAUCUUCUCUUCAGUCUUGCUGAGUUCUUGUUACUUUGAUAUUUCAGAGGCUGGUGAUGAGCCACCUAUAGUGAAGGGACUAUCAUGGACAUUCUAUGAAUCAAGCUGUCCUAAAUUGGAAUCCGUUAUCAGAAAACAGCUCAAGAAGGUCUUCAAAGAUGAUAUUGGCCAAGCUGCUGGCUUGCUUCGCCUUCACUUCCAUGACUGCUUUGUUCAGGGAUGUGAUGGUUCAGUACUGCUCGAUGGAUCAGCUAGUGGGCCAAGCGAGCAAGAGGCACCUCCAAACCUGAGUCUGAGAGCGGAGGCAUUCGAGAUCAUCAAUGACCUGCGUCGACGCGUUCACAAGAAGUGCGGGAGGAUUGUCUCCUGUGCCGACAUCACUGCACUUGCCGCUCGCGAUGCUGUUUUUCUGUCAGGUGGCCCUGACUAUGAUGUCCCAUUGGGAAGGCGAGACGGACUCACCUUCGCAACAACAAACGUAACACUGGCCAACCUCCCCGCACCAUCAUCAAACACCACCACCCUCCUCUCCUCUCUUGCGACAAAAAAAUUCGAUGCCACCGACGUCGUGGCACUCUCGGGUGGUCACACCAUCGGUAUCAGCCACUGCUCCUCCUUCACCGACCGCCUCUACCCUCAAGACACAAACAUGGACAAAACAUUUGCCAACAACCUCAAAGUCACAUGUCCAGCACUAGAUACUGACAACACUACAGUUUUGGAUAUUCGGAGUCCCAACAAAUUUGAUAACAAGUACUAUGUUGAUCUCAUGAAUCGGCAGGGGCUGUUUACCUCGGACCAAGAUUUGUACACAGAUAAAAGGACUCGGGACAUUGUGAAGAGCUUUGCUGUGAAUGAGACUCUGUUUUUUGAGAAGUUUGUGUUGUCGAUGACAAAGAUGGGCCAGUUGACAGUGUUGACGGGGACGGAAGGGGAGAUUCGGGCGAAUUGUUCUGUGAGGAAUUCAGAUAAUUCAUACCUGGCAUCUGUGGUGGGACGGGAACAAGAAGUGGUGACCUUGUCUGGAUUUUGAGAGUGGCUUGUGACUAGUGACUUGUGUUUGUGCUUGUUAGUGUGUUCUGUUCCUGUGUUUAGUGUAAGAUCACUUUUGAAAUAAAAUAGCAGGUUUUGUUGUGAA